GCGGCGGACAGACAGACACCAUGUGCGCCCGGUGCCCGGGGCGAGCAGCGGGGAGCAGCCAUGUCCCCCCCCGCCCCGCCGGGGCCGCCGGGCGGGCGCGGCGCUAAGGGGCCGCCGGCGCGGAAGCUGCUCUGCAUGUGCAGCCUGUCGCUGUGCCUCACCUACCUGUGCUACAGCCUGAUGGGGGGCACGGCUCCGGCCGCGCUGCGCUCCCCGGCCGCGCUGCCCGGCUCCGCCGCGCCGGCCACGGCGGCCCCGCGCUCCGCCGGCCCCCCGGGCAUUCCCCGAGCCCCGGCCAGCCCCGGCCCCCCCGGCAGCCCCCCCGGCAGCCCCCCGGCCCCCGGGCCCUCGGCCGCUCCGAACGGCAGCCGGGAGGCGGCGGCGGCCGCCUGGCUGCGGGCACGGCUGGCCCCCGGGGAGGCGAUCGCGGCGCAGAGCGCAGCCCUGGAGCGGGACCAGCAGGAGUCGAGCACCACGGACGAGGAGCUGAGCCGGGCCGGCGGCCGCGGCAGCACCACGCCGGACUACGGGGAGCAGCGGCUGCCGCAGGCGCUCAUCAUCGGCGUCAAGAAGGGGGGCACCCGGGCGCUGCUCGAGGCCAUCCGGGCGCACCCCGACGUGCGCGCCGUGGGCACCGAGCCCCACUUCUUCGACAGGAACUACGAGAAGGGGCUGGAGUGGUACAGGAAUGUGAUGCCCAGGACCCUGGAGGGGCAGAUCACCAUGGAGAAGACCCCCAGCUACUUCGUGACAGCCGAGGCGCCGCGGCGCAUCCACAGCAUGGCCAAGGACACCAAGCUGAUCGUGGUGGUGCGGGACCCCGUCACCAGGGCCAUCUCUGACUACACCCAGACCCUCUCCAAAAAGCCAGAGAUCCCCACCUUCGAGGUGCUGGCCUUCAAGAACCGGACCCUGGGGCUGAUCGACGCCUCGUGGAGCGCCAUCCGCAUCGGGCUGUACGCCCUGCACCUGGAGAACUGGCUGCAGUACUUCCCCCUGUCCCAGAUCCUGAUUGUCAGCGGGGAGAGGCUCAUCACAGACCCUGCAGGGGAGAUGGCCAAGGUCCAGGACUUCCUGGGCCUCAAGAGGAUUGUGACAGAGAAGCAUUUUUAUUUUAAUAAAACCAAGGGGUUUCCCUGUCUAAAGAAGCCAGAGGACAGCAGUGCUCCCCGCUGUCUGGGCAAGUCCAAGGGUCGAACUCACCCCAAAAUAGACCCAGACGUCAUCCACAGACUGAGGAAGUUUUACAAACCCUUCAAUGUCAUGUUUUACCAAAUGACAGGCCAGGAUUUCCAGUGGGAGCAGGAAGAAAGCGAUAAGUAGAACCACGAAAUCAGGAAAAAAUCUUUUUUGUUUUUGGGAUGUGCAUCAUCGUUUGAGACCCAAAACUCUCCUGGGCCAGCUGUGUGUGUUGUGGCUCUUGUGUUGUCAGGGCUGCAGCAGAAGUGGCCCCACGUGUCCAGUCUGGAGCUGUGCUGCUCUGUCACCUCGGGCUGUCCCCAGGUGACACGGGGUCAGGGGGAGCAGGGGGAGCAGGGCCUGGGGCACUCGGUGUCCAGGUGUCACUGUGUGUCCCCAGGCAGGCAGCACCAGACCUGCCACAGAGAGCUGGGGCUCCCAAAACCCAGCACCAGGACAAGCCCACAGAUGGGAUUUCUCCUGCCCUGCACUUUAGUUCUGCCCGAACAGCAGCAUCAGAUCUGGUCAAUCCAGGCCCUGUGCACUCACAGGCACUCUGGUCUUUGUGUGUGGAAGGAAUAAAGCCAGUUAUGCUGCACAGGAACUACGUACAGGAACUUCAUUUGCACCAAACCUUUCAAUUACUUCUUGCACUAAAACUAGAAUUUUCCAAGUGCCACCUGGCCUCAAUUCUCCUCUGAGUGAUGGGUGCACCUCCACUGUUGGGAGAGAGUUGUUCCUUCUCUGCUGAGAUCAGAGCUGGAAGCUCUGCCCCUGGAAGCUGAGGGAACAUUCCAGCUGCCCAGGAGUGAGCCAGGCUCCCUGCCAGCCAGGCUGCCCUGGCACAGCUGCCCGUGGCCCUGCAGCAGCUCUGGGCUGUGCUUCUCCUGCUUUGGAGCAGUGGCAGCCAGGGCUGGCUGCAGGGCUCUGGGACCCUGCCCUGCCUUUCCUUUGCACCUUGAAAUGAAUCCCUGCUGCUGGCUGGGACAGCUGGGCUGCAGAGCAGGGAACAGCCUUCAUCUCACUCCAGAAUUGCAAAGGAGCUGUUCAUUCCAGGCAAGCACUGCCCAAGCACAGAACCUGGGCUUUCUGCUGGAAAUGACCAAAUCUGCAAAUCCUGUAAGAGCUGUAGAAUAAACCCAUAUCCUCACUCGAUCCCCCAGUGUCACAGGAGCUGUUUGCUGGCCCAGCAGAAACAGGAGCAGCACUUUCCCACAGCUGCCCAGUUCCACCUCCCCUGCUCAGGAGCCCAGGCAGGGGCAGCCAAGGUGAAAUGCAGAGCUGCUGCAAGGGUCCCUCACAGGGAGAUGUCUCAGGCACUCAGACACUGCUGAGCUCUCUGGGCUGGGCUGCCUCCAGCUUGGGCUGCAGCCCUGAGACCCCUCCCGUGGGGCUGCAGGACCAGGGCUGGGCUCUGGCUGGGGCAAGGAGCUUUCCCCAUCUCCAGCUGGGUGCAAUCACUGCUGCAUUGCCUGGGGCCAGCUGAGCCUGCCCGGGGCCCCAGGGCCUGCUGUGGCUCACAGGCCAUGGAAUGGAGCCUUGGAUGGGUGAGGAGAGCUGAGGCCACCUGCAGCAUUUACUGCUGGGCACUGCCAGGUCCCUCGGGCAUCUCAGCAGCCUGGGCAGAUCUGAAACAGCUCCUGCCACUGCACAGUCCUCACAAACCCACCAAAUUACUACAGGAAUACUGGAAGUAUACCAGGAUGAUCCUAGAGUGUUUCAAAGUUAAUAAAAUGUCAGCACAGGUCCUACACCAAACCUGUUGUUGCAUAACUUGGUGCAAGAUGCUGGAUGGAGAAGCAGGGGCUCCAGGCCCAGGGUUCCCUCCAGGGGGAUGUCUGAGGGCUCUGCCCAUCUCCAGUGCUGCUCCCAGGGUGGUGCUGGGCUGGCAGCUGGGGCUGCUGGCUGUGGCUGCUGGCCCAGGGGCUCAGUCCUGGCUCCUGGCCCAGGGCUCAGCUCUGGCUCCUGGCCCAGGGGCUCAGUCCUGGCUCCUGGCCCAGGGCUCAGCUCUGGCUCCUGGCCCAGGGGCUCAGUCCUGGCUCCUGGCCCAGGGGCUCAGCUCUGGCUCCUGGCCCAGGGGCUCAGUCCUGGCUCCUGGCCCAGGGCUCAGCUCUGGCUCCUGGCCCAGGGGCUCAGUCCUGGCUCCUGGCCCAGGGCUCAGCUCUGGCUCCUGGCCCAGGGGCUCAGCUCUGGCUCCUGGCCCAGGGCUCAGCUCUGGCUCCUGGCCCAGGGGCUCAGCUCUGGCUCCUGGCCCAGGGCUCAGCUCUGGCUCCUGGCCCAGGGGCUCAUCUCUGGCUCCUGGCCCAAGGGCUCAGUCCUGGCUCCUGGCCCAGGGCUCAUGUCUGGCUCCUGGCCCAGGGGCUCAGCUCUGGCUCCUGGCCCAGGGGCUCAGCUCUGGCUCCUGGCCCAGGGGCUCAGUCCUGGCUCCUGGCCCAGGGCUCAGCUCUGGCUCCUGGCCCAGGGCUCAUGUCUGGCUCCUGGCCCAGGGGCUCAGCUCUGGCUCCUGGCCCAGGGCUCAGCUCUGGCUCCUGGCCCAGGGGCUCAGUCCUGGCUCCUGGCCCAGGGGCUCAGUCCUGGCUCCUGGCCCAGGGGCUCAGCUCUGGCUCCUGGCCCAGGGGCUCAGCUCUGGCUGCUGGCCCAGGGCUCAUGUCUGGCUCCUGGCUCUGGCUGUCUGGGACUCUGUGCCCCUCUGCCUGCCCCCUACACUCACUCCCGUUGUUUCUGCCAUAUGUUCAGAGUUUAUUUUUGAUACCAGAUGCCAUUGCCAGCUCAGCAGGAGCUGGGGCUGCCCGUGGGAGAGGAGACCCUGCAAGGACGCUCAGCCCUCAGCAGGGUGGGACAGGAGCCUCAGCCCCAGCCCUGUGCCCAGGGGCAGCUGUGGUGCUGCCAGCCCUGCAGAGCAAGGGGCAGGGACACCCAGGCACCCUGGGGCACGAGGGUUGGGCUGGGGUGCUGUUGUUUUGCUUUCUUCUUUGGAAAUGCCCCCAUGAAUGCCCCACUGCAGCUGGGGCUGGUUGGGGGGUGUUUUCUAUCUGGCCAGAGAGAGGCCUGCCAAAUGAGAGUCAGGUUAAUAACACUUUUUUAAAAAAACCUAUUCAAAUGUCAGCAUUAGAAUACACAGGAAAUUGAAUUUUGUAUUUGGUUUCAAUUAGCAAAGCAUAAAUUAUAUUUAAUUUUCUACACAGGCUGAGUGAUUCAUUGUUCUGGAAACGCUGGUACUCUGGUUCAGAGGCUGGAAAUGCAGAGUGGCUCUGUCUGAACCUUGCUGUCUGUCAGUGCCUCCAGUGCUGUGUCCGUCGGUGUCUGUACUGAGCCAUGUGUCCUGAGCUGAACCCUGCCCCCGGCACCCACAAUAAAUCAUUGUAGCAGCUGCA